GUGCGCACCUUGGAACCUGGGCAAUCGUCGCUCGUGGAGACCAUCCAUGUCAGCAAAGCGGUGCUCCGCGUGGUGCCAUACUUUGAAACGGCCCUGUCGGACACCUGGCAAGAUGAGUCCCUGCAGUCUGCAAGCCUGCAGUUGCCGGAUGGGUGCGACGUCUCUGUUUUGAUCCGUUUGCUCUCGCGGAUCGGCUCCAAGGAGCCCCAGUGGGGGGCACCAAGCAUCUCGACGGUGAUGUCAUUGAUUCAACUUUCUUCCAUGCUUAUGGUGGACGACCUCUUGAAGAAAGAGUUACAAGAGCUUCUGGGAGCUGCAGUGGCCACUGACAGGGAUCGUGAGGAGGUGGAGAAAUGGCGCACCACCUUUGAAGCACCUGACUUUCUCAAACAUUUCCUAGCAGGGGAUUCGCUUGCAGUGGUAAUGAGCCCCACCCAGAUGAAAGAAUCAGUUGCCCAGGCGAUCGACACAGGAAGUGACAACAACUUGGAGUUCCUUCGGAAGGCGCUGCCUCUCCGAAGCCAGUCGGGCAAGCAGGGCUUGCAGGAGACGGGGGAGAUCGUCAUCGAGGCGCUAGGGCAAAUCAUGGUCGGGAAGGUCCAGUUCGACUGUGAACAUUGCGGCAUUACUGGCAGCAUCACUCAUUAUGCUGACAAGAUCAACCGCUCCGGCAGGCAGGUCAAACACGAGGGGUGCGGCCAAUGGGUAACACUAUUCGACAAUAAGCCAGGGGCGAGGCGCUUCGUAAGUGAUAUAGCUUUGCCGUUCCUCACGAAACACCGCGAGUUCGUCAUCCCCGCCCUGCGCGCCCUGCAGGUUGCGUUCCCUGCGGUCUACAUGGAGAGGGAUAAGACGGUUCGGACACAUCACGGGGGCGGUCGGAGCCACUUCGUCUUCGCCCUGUUCAAUGGCAUUGGACACGCCGGACCGAUGGUGCAGAAAGUGAUUUUCGAAGUAAUCCCCAAAUAUAUUUUGGUGACCCAUGCGGCAGAGUUGCUCGCGGUCGCGCGUGCCGCGACAAAGCCAUUGCUCUUCGCUCGCCUCGCGACGCUCAUUCCGAUGCUGCCUGGGCCUGUGCAGGACGACCUCAUUCAGCAGGUGGGCGCCGAGUCGGGGGGAUAA